GAAGCGAAGUGCGGCCGAGGCCGGCGUCGUCCCGGCCCAGGCAUCCCCACUCCAUUCCUGCCGCUCCUCGGGAGCGCCGAGGGUGUUUGUGCUACUCCUAGCCUCUCUCCCCGCCCCCGACUCUCCCUCCCCCGUCUCUCCCGCCCGACCCGCCGGGACCUCUCAUCUCCGGGCGGCAGCAGAGCCGCCUCGGGGCGGGCGGCGGCAGCGGUGCUGGUGGGGCGCUCUCGCCGUCCAGCCCGCCGGGAACAUGGCGACUGGCGGCUACCGCAGCGCCGGGGGUAGCACCACAGACUUUCUGGAGGAAUGGAAAGCCAAGCGGGAGAAGAUGCGGGCGAAGCAGGCACCGCCGGCCCCGGGCGCACCGGGCGGGGGGGAGCCCCGUCCUGCGGGGGGUGGCCCCUCCGCCGAGCUGAACAACAACAAUAACAACUUGCCCCCCGACCGCGCAGCGUCCCCCGCCGGCGGGGCGCUGAACUGCGUCAGCCUCGCCAGCGCCGCCCUGGGCCGCGGCGCCCCCGCGAAGGAGCCGCCACCGCCUCUCGCCGGGAGCCGCGGGGCCGAGCCCGCCGCCGCACCGGGCUCCCCCGAGGGCGAGGAGAAGAUGGCCGGCAAGGGAAAGAGCUCGGGCCCCAGCGCCAGGAAGGGGAAGGGGCAGAUCGAGAAGAGGAAGCUGAGGGAGAAGAGGAGGUCGACAGGUGUGGUGAACAUCCCGGCCGUCGAGAGCCUUGAUGAGUAUGAAGAUGAUGAAGCAGGGCAGAAGGAACGAAAGAAAGAGGAUGCUAUUACUCAGCAGAAUACGAUACAAAAUGAGAGUUCCAGCGCAGAUAUCUCUUGCUCAUAUUUACUCCAGGACUCCUCCAGGACGGUUUCAAGCAGGUAUAAAAGUGCAGCUAAUGCACCAGAUGACGAUGCUCCAAAUAGAUAUUCCCGAACAGAGAGGACAGUUUACGGCAGAUACAGCAGAGAUGCAAAUUCUUCUGGCAGUUCUUUACCAAGUAACACUUUGGAAAAGAGGAUUGAGGAACUUGAAUGGGAACUUGCAAAAGAAAGACAGGAAAAUGCAAGAUUAAUGAAGAUGGCACAGGACAAAGAGGAACUAAUUGGAAAACUGAAAGAAGAAAUUGAUUUAUUAAAUAGAGAUCUAGAUGAUAUAGAAGAUGAAAAUGAACAAUUGAAGCAAGAAAACAAAACCCUCUUAAAAGUUGUUGGACAGCUGACAAGGUAGAAGAUUCAGAUGUCAAUGAGGAAAGAUUAAAAAAACUACUGAUUGAACACUAAGGUCAAUAUAGUAAUAUUUUCUGUGUUGCAGUAUCUUAUAAUAACUGUCUUUGUAUUUAUUGUUAGGAAACCAGAUGAAUGUUUAUUUUCAUAGUGCUUUCUUCAUUCAAUGAAAUGGCAUAAAAUUUGGGGUGUAUUUUAGCCUUCUUUUUGCAUAAGCAUGAUUAAAAUUUUUGACAUGUUUCAAAAUUUUAAGAUGAAAAAUAUUUGGAUUUUGUAUCUUCAGAUUACAGCUGCAUAAAUUACAGUAAUCUAAAAUUCAUAGCAUCAAGACCACUUUCAGUCCAUGUGGGUGUAUAUUUUUGAGAUGAAUGGAAGCAAUACAUAUAAGCUUUGUUUACACAGAUUCAAAAUAUGUAUUUUGGGAAAUGCUUCCUUUUUUGUUCAAGUAGCUGUAAAGUGGAUGCCUUAUUACUGAUGUAUAACAUUUUGCAGAUUGAUGACUUGCUCUAGAACUCUUUUAUGUUGAGGUUUUUUACUGUGUCUGAAAGAUUGACAAUAGUAGAGAGUAGCAUUUUUUUUCUGUGUUUAACAGUAUUCUGUCAGAAGAGGAAGGUUUUACUAAAAAACAACAAAACAAACAAAUGCAAAACACCACAAAGCCAAAUAAAUUGCCUCUGGUAUCAGCAUGAAUAAGUUCUUAGAAUCACAUUGAAGUUGUGCACUGCAGUUUAUUUUAUAGCUUUUGCUUUAGCAAUGAAAUGCAAGUUUGCAAUGAAACAGUUAUUUUGCUGUGUUGAGAAUUCAAAACCUGGAGCUUUCACUUUAGCAAAGACACUUCUUGUCAUCUUAAAAUUUGUAGUGAUUAUAACCCAUACAAGUUUUUGGAUUUUUUUUUAAGCUGAGUGAAAAUUUUUUGUACGUGACGAAGUAGAGGAGCAUACUAGUGAUUUGUGCCUUUUUGAAACAUAAGAUGGUAUACAAACCCCAUUUUUAUCCUUGAUUUUAAACUAAUAAGUUGUUUAAAAAGUGCCUGGUUAGAUGUUACAAUCCAGUUAUGACUGUGUGCAGUCUUCUAUAGCUGACAAAAUUUUCCUUAAGACUUUGAUCGCAGAUCUCAGUUAACAUUUAGACUAAAAAUUAUUUGUACUUUAUGUACAGCACAUUUUUCAUUCCUGGUCAGAUUAAAUGUAUAUACCCUUUGAGGAAGGACACUAAAAAUUAAAACUUUUCAAAGAGUCCAGGCUUUUUGUGGGCAAUUUUGGUGUCAGAAAGUUACAUACAUAUAGUUCUUGUUACCUUAAAACUUAAAAGCAACUUUAAUAUAACACUAUUGGUAUAUUUAUAUAUAUAUAUGUGAAAUAUAGAUGACAGUUGAUUUUCAGAUUUGCCAGUUGUUUCCAUAAUGUGCAUUUAAUGACGGUGUUUCUUAAAUUUAAAAUUCCAGCUAUUAUUGUUACAUUUUAGAUUGUUUUGGAUAUAGGAUAGAUUAUUUUGCAUUUGUGUAUUCUGAUAAGGAAAAAUUUGUCAAAACUUUAGUGUUUUUCAAGACACUUACAGUCCAGGAUGCCUCAGUGUUUUCCUCCACAUGAGAGGAGAUGAGAUUCCAUAGAACACUGUUUAAAACCUUUUCUCAGGGGGUUAAAUGGGGUUUGUAUAAGCCCUUUGAAUUACAAUGUACACCAAUGAGUAUUGCUUGUGAUAUUAUUGAAACAGUAAGAAUUCCCUUAAUUUAUAAGUUCCAUGAAAUUGAACAUUUGAAGACAUAAUAACGUCAGUUGAGAUGUAUGCCUUUUGAAUAAAUAUGAAACUUUCUCUGGAAGAACAUCUGAUUUCCUUCUCUGUGUACUAGGCAGGAAAUACACGUACCCAUGUUCUGCAUGGGAUGUCAAACAUAUUGGCGCAUUAUUAAAUGCAUAAUAUAAUAAUGUUAAGCAUACUGCAGUACACACAGAUAACAAUAUGAAGUAGCAAAUGAGAUACUUCAUAAAAUGUGUUUCAUGUACAUUUUAAACCAAAGAAAAACAGCAACAAAGAACAUAAACAAGAGUUACUUGUCUUCAUAUUACCUCUUCUUGGUGGCAGUAAUGCCAGAAUUAGAAUUUUUUUUUAACUUGUACAUAAAACUGACAGAAGUAUUUGGCAGAAUUUCUGGAUUUCUAAUGUAACUGUUCUUGUUCAGGGCUAGUUGUGAUUUUUCUGCUCUGGAAAACUUGAGGUAGUUGAGUUUUCCUCUGAAAACUGUCUCAUAAUCAUAAUGCAGAAUGAUUUUUAGAAAAUACCCAUUUUAUGUGUUUAAAAAAUUUAAGCAUCGUUAACCUGUGAGUAGCUGAAUAUCCAUUUUAGUUUUGAACAUUGACUAGUUGUGGUGGUACUUGUUAUCAGAUUAUAAAAAUGAUUUUGAGAUUCUUCUACUGCAGGUGAAAGAUACAUGUUUUAUAAUAAAGAUUGUUUGCCUUUGUUGAAAUAAAACAAAAUUCUUUUUAA